AUUAUGUGGUAGGAAUUCGCACUUGAUAGGGCGAGGUACUUGGACUUGAUCGUGGUAUUAAUUCACUCAUAAGAACAGAAUGAGCCGCAAUGCAAACGAAGUUAGUGCCAGACAAUCUCUUGAGAAGCAGUCCAAGUUCUGUAUGGCCCGUGUGGAUAGUGUCCAGAAGAACUUCGGUCUCAUCUGUGACACCAUAGGGUCAAUCACACGCAAAAAUGCUCGGCUCAGGAACAAAGGUGACGUCCUGGCAGGUCACAUCAAGAACUAUGCAGAUGGAGAACGACUCAACAGUUCUUCCAAGAAAGCCCUUACACACUUUGCUGAAAACUACUCCACUAUACAAGACUACAAGAACUCUGAGGUCCACAGGAUGGAGGCUAAGGUGCUACAACCCAUCAUGCAGUAUGGCGCCAGGUGUAAACAGAUGAAGGCAACUGUGAAGCGUGAGAUUUCAGCGUUGAAGAAGGAGAGGCAGACGAGACAGAAGCUGGAUAAGGUCCGACAGAAGAAUCCUGGAGAUCGGCACCAGAUUACAAGGGCUGAGACUGAGGUACAGCGAGCAAGUCAAGAUGCCUCAAUCUACAGCCGGGCCCUGGAAGAUGAGAUGGACAGAUUUGAGAAAGAGAAGGUGACUGAUUUAAAGAAAGUGUUGACGGAAUACCUGAACAUUGAGAUGACGUUCCAUGCCCGUGCCUUGGAGAAUCUCGCAAAGUGUUUCGAAAAUGUUACCAUGAUAGACGAGUUUUCUGAUGUUGAGGAGUUCCGAACAGCAUUGAUGGAUACAACUGGCUCCAGUCGACAGUUGGGAACAAUGAGCUCUCGCGGUGUCUCGGACACACUGGGUAGUGGCACGCUGCCGUCAAUGGGGUCGACAUACUCAGACAGACAACAGUCUGUACGGAUCGCAAGUUCGAUGUAUGGUGAUGAGGAAGAGGAUGAUGAUGAGGAUGAUGAUGAGGAUGAAGAUGACGAUGAUGAAGAUGACAGCCCACCUACCACAUCACGCGCGCCUCGAGUCCACUACGCAUAGAAUCCAGGAUCUUCCACGCAGACUCACUUUUAACUGUUCUGACACAUACAACAUUACGCUUCACUCAUCACAAUACACUGCAACUUUUCAAGAAGGUUGAACAGGGUCACAAGUUUUGUCACUGUGCAUUGUUUCAUUGCUCCAGAUGUCUGUCACAUUGUCACAUUGUCUGUCACAUUGGGUGUUGAUAGUUUUAGGGGUAUGCAACCCUACGUUUGAUACAGAUAACCAAAUAUGUCAUUCUAUUUAUAUACUUGCUCGACAUACGAAAAUCAAUAAUAAGUGUGACAAAAAUGCUGUUCAGGUAGUUUAAAUUUGCACCUGUUCAUGUGCUGAUCUAUACACGAUGCCUUCUUUCAAUCAGUACGUGUAAAUGAAGACUGAAAAUAAUACAUUGGGUAAUUAAGCAUGUUGUGCCAUUGCUUUGUUAUUUCAUGUGUAUGCAUAUUAGUGUGCAGCCAGCUCAAAGCUAUUUGGGUUAGUGUGAUAAAAUUUGCAUAUUCUAUGCAAAUAUGCAACUUAGUUGGUGCCCUGUUGUUGCAGCUUAAAACAUGCUCUAGUAGUACUGCAUGUUCAUAUUGUUGACUUUAUUUAAUCAUUAUGAACCAGAUUAAUCUUUCUUUAGCCUUUUACCCAUCAGUACACUAAACAAUGGAAGAAAAACUUAAAAUUUCCACUGAAAUCCAUGAGCAAUCAUAAUAUUUUAAGUUAAACAAAUUGCAAAUUGACCUUUGAAAACAAAAGUUCCAACCUUGAUUCAAAGCUGCAGAAAGUUUUUGAAGACAUGAAACGUAUUAAGAAAAGCAAGAUUUAUGGAUGUCAACCUCCUUAUUGUGAAUAACAUGAUGUUUCAGAGUGUAUGCUUGCCCCUUCAUCAGGUCAUGAAACGUAUUGGAUUGGCUUCCGUGUUAUAAUUUGGCUUCCUCUUACAAUUCCUCCCCGGUGUAAACAUUUUGGCAUGUAUAAACAUUAACACAUGAGAUUACCCAGUAUUCAGAUGAGAAUAGGGCAAGGAGUAACCUUGCUGUGUUUUCAGAAACAUGAAGAAGUUGCUAUUCAUAUACAGUUCCACGACUUUCUGUUGUUCCAAGUUCUGAAUGCUUGUAAAGACUCAUCAGAGAAAGUUGUGUUCUUUUAUAGCCAGCCUUCAGUUAAGGAAGCAAGUUGUGUUUUGCAGUGUAUGAAAUAAGCCCCAAACCCAGCCAGAAAUCAGGGCUGGAAACUUCAACAUGUUACCAUCCCAAAAUUGAUUUCACCAGACCAGACACAAAGACAUGGUGAAUUUAUUCAGAUGUAUGGAAUAUCUAAAAAAAAUUACCAGACCAUCGGGCUGGCUAGUUGUAAAUGUAGACCUUUCAUCAGAAAUCUAGCCCAUCUUGGGCGGUCGGACGGGCCAUAUUUCAAACACUGUGUUUUGUCAUCAUUAUGUACCUAUAACAUUUCACAUUAAUUUCAAAUCAAUGUCAAUAUCAUUAUAAAUUAAAACAAUGUGACAAUAUGAACUUGUGUCAUAACUCCGAACAAUAUUGUCGAGAUAUCUGAUAUUUCUGUUUGAAGAUUGAGUGAUGAAAAUAUGACAUUACUUUGUCCAUGUAUAUAUGUUGUAAGUUAUUGCAUCAGCUGUGAUAUAAAGUACCUGUGUUACCUCACUGAUGAUAGUCAGUCUCUACAAACACCUGCAUACUUCGUUAGUGGCGCAUGGAAUGAAACAACAUUGUAUCAGUGUUACUUGUGCAUCAUAUCGUAAAGCUUUCUAAACUUUGUUCAUGUUGUGGUACACAUCUUUAUAAAACUAAAAGUGCUCAUAGAGUAGCCACAUUUCUUGAAUUUGCUGUUUUACUUUUGUAUGCAAAUGAGUAAUUGCAGCUAAUGGAUAAUGGUAAUUGACAUUGUGAGGAAUAUAGAUAUGCAUGUAAACAGAAGCCCAUGGUGGCGGUAUAGCAUAUCAAGGACCUGGACCAGAAAGGUCUGUUUGUGUCCAACACAUCCCUGAUGUUUAACAUGGUAGAUGUUUUUCACAUUUGCGCUUCAUUUGCCUGUGACAACUGAUAGCAAAGGUGCCAACAUUUGUUUAAUCAGAUUAUCUGUACUUUCAUAAUGCCAUUAUUUUUGUUGUAUAAAUUGAGGAUCUUAUUUAUUUGGGAGGGGGUGGGUUUGAAUCCCAGAUUGGUCGUGAACCAGAAAGGUUCUAGAAUGAGUACUUCAGAGAGAACGUUGUGUGGGGAGUGUCUACGGUUCUGUCCGUAAGAUCCUGACAACCGAUAUGUAGUGCUGACUUGAAUCAUCUCCAUUCUUAUACAGGAUACAUUAGGGACCGUUCAUAAUUUAUGGCUAGGGGGAUGAUGAUGAUUUUAAAGGGGUCACCCAUUUUGUUCUGGGGUGGGGGUGUGUUCAUCAAUAGUGUACACAUGGGGGUCAUCAAUUUUGUACAUAAAAUCUGAAAAAUUAUGCUUCAAAAUUUUGGGUUAUGUUGAUUUUGUACAUGACGAGGGGGGAGGGGGGUGUCAUCUACUUUGUACAUAAAUGUUAGGGGUGGGGUGGGGGUGUCAUUCACAUUGUACAUGCUUCUCCAUAAACAUCAUCACCCCUAGCCAUACAUUCUGAACAGUCCCUUAGUGUACACUGGUUACCAUGUAAUGUCCUGUCAUCUCAAACUGUCAUGAUCAUGACUGCAAGGAAUGUUAGUAAAGAUCUGAGAAAAGUU